AACCAAUCCAAAAUGUCAAAAUUUUCGUUUCGGUUUCUCUCUCUGAUUAUCACUGUUUCAGUUUCCGGCGGCAUUGUGAACGGAAAUGAAAAUAAGGCUGAGAUAUAUGAGCUUAAAAGAGGUGAUUUCUCCUUCAAGGCCACCAACUAUGGCGCGCGGAUGGUAUCCCUGAUUCUCCCCGACAAAACUGGAAAGCCGGUUGAUGUUGCUCUUGGAUUCGACUCCGUUAAGGAUUAUCUGAAUGAUACAAAAAACUUUGGAUCUAUAAGUGGUCGGGUUGCCAACCGGAUCAAGAAUGCUCAAUUCACUCUUAAUGGCGUUGUUUACCAUCUUGAUAAGAACAGUAAUGGUAACAACUCCAUUCACGGUGGAAAAUUGGGAUACAAUAAAGUUAAUUGGACUGUACAAGAACAUGUGAAAGAUGGGCCAAACCCUUUCAUAGUAUUCACUUACAACAGUUUUGAUGGUGAAGGAGGAUACCCUGGAAACGUUUCAGUAACACCGGACAUAAUAGUGGUAAAUGUCCUCUCUGACGAGGUUCAAAUCUUCGCAUCACGUUACCUUCCAACAGACAAUGACCUCAUCCCGACAGGGGAAAUCGCGCCGGUAAAUGGCACCCCGUAUGAUUUCCUUAAACCCCGACAAAUCGGAAGCCAGAUAAAUGCACUUAAUGCUACCAAUGGUUAUGAUACGUAUUAUGCAUUCGAUGCUAAGAAGAAGGAUAGCGAGAUGUCUUUGGUUGCGAUUGUGAAUAAUAAUAAGAACACCGGAAUUGGAAUAAGGUAUCUACUAGUGCUCCGGGGAUGCAAUUUUACACUGGGAAUUACGUGA